UAUGUGAUCCGCAGUCAGCCAACGGACGGAUGCCUCUCGACGUUAGAAACUGCUGCAGAGGCACUGGCGCUCGUGGAGCGGUCGGCUGCUUACAAGCGGGUACUUCUGCAACCUCUACGGGCCCUGUGUGAUUUCCAGCUGACUCAUGGUGCCGUUACACACCAGAGUAAGGAAUUCCGCAUCAAAAAUGAGACUUACCCCAAGCUCAUCGGCAAGCGGCUUGAAAAACUUCUCAGGUCUACUGAGAGUUGAGGGGAAGAUUCCUAAAUUGUUUUCUAAUAAUGAAAACAUUAAUUACAUUAUUUAUUAUUUUUAAUAAAUAUAAUUACGCUUUAGUAUUUUUUUAAAUUGGUACUGCAAAAAAAGGAUGUUUGUAGUGGAAAAAAUGAUAUUGUAUUAAUUAUAAUUUUUUUCCACUAAUACUUUUUGGAUACACGUCAUAUAUAUUUUUAUGAUUUAUAUGAUAUGAGUAUAUUAUGUACAAGGUGGUACAGUGUUUUAAUUACAAACAAGCAGUGGUUUGUUUAUGAUUUUAAGAACGGAUUUAAUGUUUUCUAAAAAAAUUAUAUCUUAUAUUAAGUACCACAUCAUGAGUGCAAGAAAAGGAUUUGGAUUUAGAUAAACUAGUUUUAACUCUAGAAGUUGCAAUGUAAAUUCUCUGUAUCGGCAGGGUGUUUUAGACCAUCUGUUCAUGUAUUUUUCUAAAGCAUGUUAUAAACUUAAUCAAUGCCCCAAACUUAAAAUUUAUAAUUUUUUUAAUAAUAUUUACUGUAUAAUGUUCUUAAUCUUAAAUUAGAUGUACAAGUCAUCAAAAAUGUAGUGGUGAUUUCAAAAAUAUAUAGUUUGUAUAUCUUUAAAAAUACAUAUUUAUACUUUUUAUGUAUAUUUUUACAAAAAUAUACAAACACACUUAUUUUUUAUUUAUAAGCGAAUA